AUGCCCUACACUGUCACUCUCUCCCAGCUGCCCAAGGACCAGGAGGCCAAGGCUCACACUGCAUACAUGUCCACCAGACUUGGAGACAGCCUGCUGGCCAUCUACUCAGAUGCCUCUUCAGUGCAAGGUGGCACUGGCAUUGGAGUUGGUCUGACAGCACUGGACUGGUACCUCAACGACGAGGGUUGUCUUGUGCUAGGGAAUGCGGCUGAGCAAUUAGCGUCGAUCCCACCUGUGAGGCAGAACCUUCAUGUUGCUUAG